AGGCUCUUGACGCCUCGAAUCCUAGUUGUCAUCCUCGGCAACUCAGCCCUUCAGCUUUGUCCGGUGACUCACCCGGCCACUUCCGUCCGCAUUAGAGUGAUUACCUCAUCCAACCUGCCUCGUCCUGCUCAGACCCUCCUUCCUUUGGCCUCAGUCUGUUAGGUAGCCACCUCCCCCAAGCCGAGGACCGAAACACACAUUACUCUUCCACUUGCCCUUGCACCGACUAUAUCUACCUACUUGUCUUCCAACCCCUCCCCCAAACUCAUCCGAUACCUACUCCAUACUCGACGUUCUCUCCAGCCAAGCCAACACUACCUUCGUACAAAGCGCAAAGCGGGUUGACGGCUGCUUACCUAUUACGAAAAUCGACACUUCGCUAUCAUCAACUCGACAGCAUAACGUGCUCCACCUACUCAGACACUAUGGCCGGCCCAAUCGAAUCUCCGACCCAGUACCAGCGCGACCUUCGAAGCGCAAACCAAGAUUUCAAAAGAUCAAAGGACUCACGAUCCAAGUGGUCUAACGGAGCCCGUCCUCAAGCUGGCUGCCAUCUUGACUGGAACACUCUGGAAGCUGUUGGUGGAACCGAGCAACAGCGAGCCAUGAGCCGGCCUCGAGUCAAGAACAGUGAAACCUCUCACUACAAGAAGAACUUGCACAACAUCACCAAAUUCCGGUCACACUCGGAGUUCCCGCAAGGACGGCUGCGCUCGGCGGCUCGUGCCAAGGAACAGAUUAAGGAUCCUCUCAGUCGGUCAGUCAUGAACAUGGCGCCAGUGCAAGAUGUAUAUGGCGACAUUGUCACCGAGGACUGGAAGUACAGCUUUGAUCGGGUUGAAAGCCCCGGUCGACCAGUGACGCUCGACAUCUUUGUCAAGACGACAGGCCGCGAGACGGAGCGCAUGGUGGAGAAGGAGUACGAGAUUCUUAAUGAGAAUGGUCAGGUUCUCAAGGGCCGCAAGGCUCGCCAAAACCUGCGCCAGGAGGGCGGCCGCAUCUCGGAGGAAGAUGGUUUCCAGCUUGUCUGAAGUCGGCAGAUGGACGA